UGAAACGCCUAUUACAGAGAAAGUUCUUUGCUGGGCAAGGAGAGGUGCAAGAUAAUUUCACAGGAAGAUCAUCAACAUGCUCUGAACCGGAAGCUCUGCUGUUGAUCCUUGCCAGGCGAACUCCUUGGGAUCCCAAAGUUUUCUGCACAGCGUAAAGCAGCAACUUCAGAGCAGUGUGUUCAGAUCCCCCCUCCCCCUUCACUGCCAGCUUGUCUAUUGAAAAGUCUGGUGAUAACAUCAGGUUAUAUUCCUCCCCUUGUUUUUUCUCCCCCCGUCUCCUCCACCCCACCCCAGGCCCUGCCUUCUGGGAGAAACAAAUACCGAAGUCUUCCUGGAAUCUUGUGAUAACUUUUUGGGACGUUUUUCAGCCCUGCAAGCAAUUUGGUGGCUAGCCCAGCUCGAUGGAAUAAAAGAGUCUUCAGCUCACGGUGGAAGGUCCGAAGGUCGGGGAGUUGGCGAAGCCCCGGAGGCAGCUCGUUCCAGAGGGCAGGAGCCCCCACAGAGAAGUCCCUACCCCUGGGGGUCGCCAGUCGACAUUGUUUCACCGAUGACACCCCAAGGAGGCCCUCCCUGUGGGAGUGCACAGUGGAUUACAUAAAACAAGGAAGAACGGAAUCACAAAGAGUAAUUAAUCUUUGGAAGUUUCAGUCCCUGCUUCUGCAUCUCCCAGGUGGUGCAAUAAAUAGGUCAAGUAUCUGAGACUGGGAAACAGAUGGAAGAUUUAAAGCAAAACGUACCAUAGUACUCGGUACACUGAAACAGAAAAGAUGAGCAGAAGGAGGAUCAAUAUGUUUCUAACUGCCACCUUAUAUCUUCUCUCCCAAUUUGUCCUUUGUGAUGGGACUGCAGCUUCAGAGAAUGAGGAAUAUGCAGAGAUUAUUGGUCUCAAUUCAUCCCCGCUCAUACUAGGCAUGUCAAUCUGUGCCUUGAAAGCUGAUCCUGGUCCCUGCAAAGCCCUGCACACCCGCUAUCAUUUCAACAUCCAUACUCGCCACUGUGAACUUUUCAACUUUGGUGGGUGUCAGGGCAAUAAAAACAACUUUUUAACCCUAGACGAAUGUCAAGAAACAUGUGUCGUAAAAGAUGUGCAAGAGAAGACAAAGAAAUCAAGACUUAAGAAUGAAAAGCCGUCCUUCUGCCUUUUGGAAAAUGACCCUGGUAUCUGCCGAGGAUUAAUUGCCAGGUAUUUCUACAACAAAGUGUCACAGCAGUGUGAAAAAUUCCAAUAUGGAGGUUGCCUGGGAAACCAAAACAACUUUCAAUCUUUGCAAGAAUGCCAAAAAACCUGCCAUGACAGGGUUCCCUCAACCAAUUCACUACAAAUAGAUGAUGACCACACGGUUUUGGGUACUAUUAGUAAUAAUAGUGCUCCACUUAUUAAGCAAGAGUUAUCCCUGCUCCCUUCUCUUUGUGUCAUGCCCAUGGACAGAGGUCUUUGCAAAGCAAAUGAGAAACGGUUCUUCUACAAUCAAACUGCUGGAAGAUGCCGUCCGUUCAGCUACACUGGAUGUGGUGGAAAUGAAAAUAAUUUUACCUCCAGGAAGGCAUGCGUGCAGAUGUGUAUGAAAGGUUUCAUUUCAAAGAAGGGACAAAAAGGUGUCAGGAAAAUACGUCGGAAAAGAAAGAAACAACUAGUCAAAGUGGUGGAUGGGGAAAUUGUUAUUGAAAGGAUUUAAGCACUAUAUAAUUAAACCACUCUGAAAAUGUUUCAUUUGAAGACUUCUUGUGUUACCCACUUUGUUUAACAUUGUGCGUAUUUAUCAAGGUUUCAUAUAGCAACCUUCACAUCUUUCUAGUCCCUUGGGGAGUUGCCAGGCAGGAGCCAAACUUUUUACUGUAAAAUUAAUGCUGUGACUGUUUUUUUCUAUGAUUAUUACAUAGAAUUGCAGAAUAAAAGGCUGUGAUCCAGAGCUAACUCACUUUAUCUUCUUAAUCUGACACUAUCUAAUCACUCUGACUUCUACAUGAUACAGAAUUUGCUGAAUAUACAGCACUGUGACUGCAGAUCACUCUGUUUUAUUCCCACGAAGUGGUUGAUUUGCUUGAAGACUGAUUCCUCUCUGUAUGGAUCCUUGGACGAUAGAAUGCAGGUAAUCCUCGAUUUACGACCACAACUGAGCCCAAAAUUUCUGUUGCUUAGUGAGAAAUUUGUUGAGUCAAUUUUGACCAGUUUUAAUAUCUUUCUUGCCACAAUUGUUAAGUGAACCACUGCACUUGUUAAAUUAGCAAUCCGGUUGUUAAGUGAAUCUGGAUUCCCCAUUGACUCUGCUUGUCAGAAGGUUGCAAAAGGUGGUCCCAGGGUCAUUGCAACUGUCGUAAAUAAGAAUCAGCUGCCAAGCAUCUAAAUUUUGAUCACAUGACCCCAGGGAUGCUGUAAUGAUUUGUAAGUAUGAAAAACGAUCGUAAAAGUCACUUUUUCCAGUGAUGUUGUAUAAUUUCAAACAGUCAAUAAAUGAACUGUUGUACGUCGAGGACUACCUAUAUAAUUGGACUCCUUUGGAUAUACUGUAAUCAUUGAACCUGUAUGACAAUAAAUACAGUUUAGAAAUUUCAAUCAUUAGGACUCUAGAAUCAAGAAAUUUAGGAAAAGAAAUUUAGUUCUCAUGUCUGCAGAGAAAUAUUACAUCAGCUUAUUGCAAAUAUAAUAAAUCUUGAAAAUAAGGCGGACGGUGGUGUUACAAAAAUAUACAAGAAGAAAUAAAUAAGAAGUGCUUUCCAAGUCAAAAAACCC